AUGCGGAUAUCGACGGGCGGGCCAAAAGCCGGCCCCUUCGAUGUGUUGGACCCGAAUCGGGAACAUGCCUACAAGUACAUCAUCACGAUCUCCUCCAUCCUGUCGAUCGUCUCCCUCCUAACGAUUUGCGUCACCCUCCCGUCGUUGUUCAACUUUGUCGCCAACACGGCCCGCUUUUCGACGCAGGACUUUGCAUACUGCGAGAAUGCCGCCAUUGACCUGGAGACGGAGAUGGGGUCGCUGCGGGACCGGUUUAUGGACCUGACGAAGAACCGAACACGUCGUGCCAACUACGGACAGCACUACAACCCGUCGAUGUUGGCCGCCGACACCCCGCAAUUCCAGGAAUGCCCAGCCUGCUGCACCCCCGGGGAGCGCGGACCUACCGGAGAUUCUGGACUCCCGGGUAUGCACGGAGCCCCAGGUCCCGAUGGAGCUCCCGGACGUCCCGGAACUACCCCGAAUGCCAGCUGCAUCCCGGAGCGCGUCUUCGAGCCGCCGCCGUGCCUGCCGUGCCCCCAGGGCGCUCGAGGUGUGCCCGGCCACCCCGGAUUCCCAGGAGAUCCGGGAGACCCCGGAAUCGGAGGCCGGCCCGGGGCUGAUGGUAUGCCCGGAAAGAUGGGUGAACCUGGACCGCCUGGCCCGCCUGGAGUCCCAGGACCCAUUGGACCACCCGGAAAUCUUGGCAGGACCCCGGAGGCUCACGUCAUCCCGGGGCCACCUGGAGAGGCUGGAGACCCAGGACCCUGGGGCCCGCCUGGACACCCCGGAAGUGCUGGAGAGGAUGGAUACCCGGGAGCACCAGGUGAAAAGGGAUGGCCAGGACCCCCCGGAGCUCCUGGACCUGUUGGACCUGCUGGACCGAUUGGACCGAGGGGUGAAGCCGGCCCGACCGGUACGCCCGGUACGUGCGUGUGCCAAGAUACGGAAGUCGUCAUGAAUGACGAGCCAACCAGCGCCGCCAGCCGCGAGCCCGAGGUUUUCGAGGAAGUGGGCGACGAGCCAGUGCCCGCCAAGCGGACCGUCAAAUCCGUUAAGAAGCGCCGCGCGGAGAAGGAGAAGGAGCAGAAGUUGAACAAGAAGAAACCGAAGGCAUCGGAGCCCGCCCAGUUGGACGAGAACGGAAACAUCGUCGAGCCGAAGAAGCGGUCGAUUUUUGUGCGCGCUUUCCGUCGUCUAUUCAGUCCACUUCUACGUUUGAGGCGUGAGAAGAAGGGCACCUACUCGUUGUGCGAGGACGCCGUCUCGGUGAGGAGCUUCCCCGGGCUCUGGCCAUUUUCUGGCGAUAAAGCGCAGCGACAUGGCGUCGGCGAAGUGCCCGGAUUCGAGCGCGACCCAGCAGCGGAUCUUCCGCUGCAUUACCGUAGCACAGAUUGCUUU